CAACACUACUCGGGUCAGCAGCAAAAGAAGAAGAAGCAGCAACAAGACUUUGCGUAUCUUGCGCGAAAAUCGAGAUAAGAUUGGCAAUCGAAGGGGUCUACGGAACAUGACUAAUCCGAGCUCUAUUUGAUCGGAAGUAUUCCCAUCCGCGAGUGACCUUGAAUAUGUGAGCGUCGCGAAUCGGAGAAAACCGAAGUCAGUACUUCGCCAGCAGCCAGUUCCCAAUCAGAUUUAAGUGCAACAGUGAGAAAAAUUGAAAGUGAUUUCUAGCUCAACAAAAGCCCAGUGCCAUUUGGUCAAAAUCCCAAUGAAUUUUAAAGGAGUUAUGCUGCGGGAAAUAAGUUGAACUUCUCAUCCCGGGGAAGCCGUUUUUUAUUUGUUUACUUAUUUAUUGUUGUCCGCUGCUGACGUCGCAAGAUGGUAUCGCUGAUAAAGAACCAACUUCUCAAACAUUUAUCCAUCUAUACGAAGAACCUUUCCUCGGACAAAAUUAACCUGAGCACCUUUCGCGGCGAGGGAGAGCUAUCGAAUUUGGAGCUGGACGAAAGAGUGCUUACGGAACUGCUGGAACUCCCCAGUUGGCUGCGACUCACUUCCGCCUGGUGCAAUCAUGUCUCCUUCCGGAUUAGCUGGACCAAGCUCAAGAGCGUGCCCAUAACGCUGACCCUCGAUGAAGUUCGCAUCACCAUUGAAACCUGCAACCCAACGACACGCGAUGCAGGCGGAGGAUCUGGAGCCGGCGGAGCAGGAUCUCCCACGGCUGCCGCCGCUGCUCUGCCACAAGUGCCGCAGGGAAAGUAUAGCUUUAUCCACAAGGUGGUCGAUGGGAUUACGAUUGUGGUCAACACGGUGAACGUGAACUUCGUGAGCGCCGCCUUUACCGCCUCCGUUCAGAUGUCGCGCAUUCGUGUCGAAUCCAAGACGCCGAAGUGGGCAAAUGCCGAUCUACGGCUGACGCGGCUAAAGGACGCUCAGAAGGGUAUCAUACUGAUCUUCAAGGAGCUCUCCUGGCAGACGGUGCGCAUCGAGGCCAGUUCCACGCAGGACAAGUCGCUGACCCCGCUGCGACUACUCACCAAUCAUGCCAGGUGCCGGAUUACUAUCCGGAAAAGGCUCUCCGACUGUUCGCUGCUCGCUUCCCGCCUGGUCCUAAUCCUGGACGAUCUGCUGUGGGUGCUGACCGACUCGCAGCUGAAGGCGGCUCUGCAUUUUGUGGACUCCCUGUCCGGAUUGAUCAAGGCAGCCACUCAUGCCACCCAAAAGACCAAGGCAGCACGCAAAAUGCAGACACUGCCCGAGUACAAGGCCCAGGUGGAGCAGCAGCAGAAUCGUCUCUCCGAAUCAGCCCACACGACCAAUGCUCAGCGCAUGUUCAACGCCUUCGAUGUGCGGGAGACCUCGUACCACUUCUUUAGCCAGCGCAUCGAUCUCCAUUUGUGCGACGACGAGGGAGAUGGACGUUCCAGUUAUCCGGAUUUGGACAAGGGAGGAGCCUUGCAGGUUUCGGUGACCGCUUUCCAGGUGGACUACUAUCCCUACCAUUUGGCCAAAUCGGAUCGUUCCCAUUGGGCCAAGUACAAGGAGGCUUCGGUGGCGCCGGCUCUGUGGCUGAAGGAAUCGCUGAAUGCUUUUCGUGAGGCAGUGCUCAAUUUGAGUCAGCCGAAUCGACCCGCCACACAUGCACCACUCGAGCGGAGCACACCCGCCUCACCCAUUAUGCUCAGUGCCAGUAUGCUGGGCUCGCAACACGGUGGUGGCAGCUUCUCCAAUGGCAGCAGCACGCCCACGGCAGCAGGAGUGGCAGGGGGAUCGGGGGGAUCCAUCGGUUCUGGUUCCGCCUCCGUCAACAGCCAACUUUCGCAGCAAAGGAGCACCCUGGAGAACUUGGCCAAGCUAAUGAGUUCGUGCGUAAUCCUGCGUAUCGAGGACUUUACUUUGUAUCGAGUCACCACAUCGGGAAAGAAGGCCAUGCCCAAGGAAUUCGUUUCGGCGCAACAUAAAAGGAAGAGCAAAUCCUCAGGUGACAAGGAUCGAUAUUCCUUUCCCGCCGAGAUGCCCAUUAUACACGCGGAGUAUACUUACUUCUAUUAUCCCGGGGACUUUGUCUUUCCAUUACCUCCCUCAAAGGUUUUCGUGCAUGUGAAUCCCAUUCAGGUGCACUUCGAUCUCAGCUCAAUACUGUGGCUCAACUCCUUUGGCCUCAAUCUGCGCGAGAGUCUGCUGCGCACUAGCGUUGGAUCCCAGAGCACUCUGCAGCUGCCGCGCGGCUCGAUUGCCUCCAAUGGCUCCAAUGGCACACAGAGGGCGGCCGUCAAUGUAGACCCGGAGCCGAAUCUGAUGUACAUGGACGUCAAGGUGGAAGCGAUUAUGCCGCGUGUCGUGAUGGAGGCGGCGUUAGACGCGCCCAGCCAAAAGGACCGGCCCAAGACCAUGCAGAUCCAGGUGUCGCGCUUUGCGCUGACCAACAUCCGCGAGAUGGGAAGCUCCAGGGCGGAUCUGGCCCAGGCACUGCACUCGCUGCAGGAGGGCUCCUUGGUCUUUGGCUCCGGCUUUCCCUCCGAGGAGGGCGACAUGUGCAUCGUGACGGAUCGCAUUUUGUCCCACGUCGCUGCCUCGGACGUGAGCAUGAUUUCGGCCGGUUCGCCGACGAUGGGUCAGCAACUGCCGCGAUCCGCAUCCACGCAGUACCUAUCCCGUUAUGUCAUGUGGCUGGAGCCGCGGGACGUGUGGUGCAUCAAACUGGACCCGAUUUGGGUGGAUUUCCUGGGCGCCCGCUCGCUGGGCCCCAACAAAUCCAUACCGUUCGUCGACGCGGUCCCCAUCACACUGUGGCUGCACUCCGGCUCCGCCCAGGCACAACUGGAUGUGGGAAAGAGCGGAACGGCGGCCAGCAUGGAGAGCAUGGGCCUGGCCCCGCUGCCCACGCUGCCGCCCCUCCAGCCGUGCAAUCCCUUCCUGAGCGACGAGGAUGUGCGACUCGCUGGCGUCGCCGCGGGAGAAUCUCCGCCUGCUGCUGCUCCGCCGGACCGCACGGCGGACGUACAUGCCAUUGCGCACAUUUCGAACCUGGUCAGCCUCCAGAUCGAUCACUACCAGCUGCUCUUCCUGCUGCGCCUCGCCGAGGAAUUGAAUGAGAUGUCCACGUUCCUGAACUUGGAUGCCGAGCGCAUAUUGCAAAAGCAAAACGAACCAAAGUCGAUCAUUUUUGGGUGCGUUGUGCCGCAGAUCGAGGUGACGCUCGUGAUGCCAUCGCCAACACCUGGUAAGGAAUCAAGUGGUGGUGAUGCUGAAAGUGUCGUACCCGAUUCAGCUAGUUUGGGUGAUGAUUUACACAUGAAUAGCGGCAACAUAACCUGGCCCACACCACCGCCAUUGGAUCAGCUGAAGAGCAAUACCUUCGGCAGCGUAGAGACUCCAUCCCCGGUUACCAAUGACCCGCCUUUCGACAGUGGCAUACACAUAUCCAAUCCCAAUACACAUGGCUACAAUGUGCAGAUACAGAGUACGCCCACCAUGGCCUCUUCCACGCCAAGUCAGGGAUCUCGCCCGGAUACGGGUAUUUCCAUGCAGUCGCAAUCGAUCUCGUCCGCCUCGAAGAGCGGCAAAAGCGUGGCCAGUCGAUCCGGGGGAGUGGACACCGUGCCCAGUCUCACCAAGGAGUUCAACUCCGGACUGCUGUCCAUGAAGAAGGGCUUCUCGAGCUUCAUGACCUCCAUUGAUUCGGCCAUUAAAUCGGGCACCCCCAACGACGAUGCCAGUGAUACGUUCUCCAUUCAGAGUGACAUUAGCUCCGAUUCGGAGAACUUUGCCAGUGUGAUGGGCGACGACAAGACCAUGGACUGCAUGGACGUGAUGUUCCGGCUGAAUCCCUUCACCAAUGACAACAACAUGAAGGCCUCGCCGGUGGAGGUGGCCAGCGAAGUGUACGAGGAGCAGCCGAGCAGCUAUAAGACGAACAUGUCCUCACCGUCGGAACCCUCGGAGGGCAGCACCUGGCGGCGACGGGAUCUGGUUUCCAUGGCCACCUUUAGGUUGACCACCGUGGAGCUGAUUCGCCAGCAGGAGGGACCCAAGUCAUCGGUUCGCCUGCAGGUGGCUGCCGUUUCCUGCGAUGAAUGUGGAGCCAUUCCCUGGGACGAGUUGCAGAUCGCGCAUCAAGCAAACAAGACGAAGUUUGGAGCUCGUUGCAAAGCCUGGAAUCUGGCGCCAUAUAAUCCAGAGGCUCCGCCUUGCAUUCGACUGCGUUUGGAGGAGACCCUGGACAUGCCAAAGGAAAUUGAAGGCAUCAUCGAUCGCAAACGCAUCCAAAGCUGGAUAACUCACCAUGCCGAAAUACGUGUGAAAGACAUAAACUUGGAUCUGUCGAUGAGCACCGUAAUUGGAUUGGGUGAUCUGGCCGAGGAUGAGGUCAUUUCUCCGCCGAUGCCAGUGACCGUAAAUCUGGAAAAUGUACGCAUCAAUUUGCUUGAGGACCGUCCACCCGUAAAUAUUACCUCACCGGGUCCCGUGCCCAUAAAUCUGUGCAUUGGUCGCAUGCGCUUGGAGCGUGACAAGAGUGGAUUGCUCAACAUCCAGCCUAUAGAUACAAACAUGAGUGCCGCGCAGCAUCAGGCGCUGGGCAGUGCCUUAUUCGGAGCCCCUCGAGAGCGUGAUCGCGAAUUGCUUUCCAUGCAGCUGGUAAUGCAGCAGAUGAAGCUGGACAACGAUCAACUGCGUCGGCAACUUGUGGACUCCAAAGUCAAUACGGAUAAUUACAGACAAAAGACCAAGCAAGAGGCGGAUGUGCUGCGAUCUUAUUUGAAGGCCGCCCAAGAUGACAUCAGCAUACUGCUGGAGGAGAAGAAGGCCUUGCUGGACACCAUUCGUUCCCUGCAGGUGCAACUGACCUCAUCGAAUAUGAGCCGAAAGAGUGACGGCAACAGGUAGCACAACUGCAUGGACUGCAUACAAUGCUGCGGCGAGAACAAUAAUGCCUAGCCUUAGGCUCCAGCCAGUAUGCCGUGUAGUCAGACGACAGUUCCCUCUACAACGCCAUGACGUCCUUAGCAUCAUCGCCAUUCGCUUUUGAGUUUAGCAGAAGACUGAGCCGUUCCGAAAACGGACACUUUUCACGUUGCCGUUCGUCAUUCUUACUUAUACAAGAACUUUUACGUAUACUCGGAAAUCUAUAGCUAUAUAUAUUGUUUUCAUCGGUUUUAAGCUGCCACAAGCUUUUGCUAUCGUUCCAAAGAAUGCUUUAUUUUUUAUUGUUUUAGAUUUUUGGAAAGACUUUAUGUUGAUCUAUUGCAUAGCCUUCUCAAAAAACAGACUUUUAUCUAAACUCCAUUGUUAAUUAUUAACUAAAUGAUAAUCAAAACGAAAGCUCGAACUAUGUACAGUCGUGUCAUUGAUAUUGCGCCCACUCAACAUAUUGUAUAUUAAAGCUUAUUCCAUAGAUAUUGGAUAGGACAUAUUGUUGUGAUUCAUGAUCAUAUCAAACUGAAUUCUAGUAUCUGUAUGCAUUGCUGUUGUAUCGUGUGCUAGCGAGUAUUGGCCAAAUUUAUUAUAUUGAACUUUAUAGUAUUCUCUCCGAUGGGAUGGACUCAUCAAAGAGCUAAAGAAAUUUGUAUUCGUCUUCUCAUUGCAUUCCAAUUGACUCGAUCAUUGUUUGCUUCAACUAUUAAUCAAAGCUAAAUACACAAUGCAAUAAAAUAAUCAAAAGUGUUAUAGUCAUCCUAUACCUUCUUACUAAUAAAAUGAAACUAAAAUCAAAAGUACCAUUUUCAGUAAAUAAAAAAACUCAAGUCAGUAACGCGACGCAUAUACAAAUUUUAAAUUAAAAGUUUUCAUAUUUCAAAUUGUAAAUGAACAAAAUGUUUCUAUUUGUAUUAUAAAGUUUAAUAUUAAACUAAAACGAUUAUUGAUUGUUAUACAUUAUAUGAAAGUUUUCAUCUGUAGCUAGGCGAAAUAAAACAUAAAAAAUUGAAGUCAUAUUAAAUAUUGCAAAUAUAUUCAAAUGUAAAUGUU